CGGAUAGCGGCCGGAGAGCGAGCGGCCGGGCAUUAUUUCAAGGAGAACUAUGGUAGCUUCCAGCAUUCCCUGAACCAUGGAUCCGCUGGCAUAGUGAGCUAUGCUCCUGGUCUCGGAAGCACUUUGAGAUGUACAGAGCGGGGGACCUGGGGGAGCGGCCGCUGCUCGGGACGGCGCCUCCCCGGAUGCGGAGUGUGGAGGUGGCGAGAGGAAGGGCGGGGUACGGAUUCGCGCUUUCCGGGCAGGCGCCCUGCGUGCUCAGCUGUGUCAUGAGAGGCAGCCCUGCGGAUUUUGUGGGCCUCCGUGCUGGCGACCAGGUACUCGCUGUCAACGAGAUCAGCGUGAAGAAAGCGUCCCAUGAAGACGUGGUGAAGUUAAUUGGGAAGUGUUCUGGUGUCCUGCACAUGGUGAUCGGCGAAGGCAUCGGCCACCUGGAGUCCUGCUCCAGUGAUGAAGAGGUUGGAUUUUAUGAAGGAAAAGGCUGGCUGAAGCCCAAACUCGACUCUAAGGCAUUAGGUAUAAACAGAGCGGAGAGAGUCGUUGAGGAAAUGCAGUCCGGAGGGAUUUUCAACAUGAUCUUUGAAAGCCCUGGUCCUCGGGCAAGCGGCUCGGAGCCCUUGAAGUUGAAACAGAGAUCCCUUUCAGAAUCAGCCACUGGGCGGUUUGACCUUGGCCAUGAAAGUGUAAAUAAUCCAAAUACCAGCCUGCCUCCUAAGGAGGAGAUACCGAAAGGUGUGAAUGAUGAUUCUGUGUUCAGCGUCGGGCUGGAGACUCAUGAAGACUUUGGGGUGGACGCGAGCAUUUUGAACGUGGCCAUGGUUGUGGGCUACUUGGGCUCCAUCGAGCUGCCGUCCACCAGCUGCAGCCUGGAAUCGGACAGCGUGCAGGCCAUCCGGGGCUGCCUGCGGCGCCUGCGGGCCGAGCAGAAGAUCCACUCGCUGGUGACCAUGCAGAUCAUGCACGACUGCGUGCAGCUCUGCACGGACAAGGCCGCUGUCCUGGCCCGAUACCCGGCCGAGAGGCUGGCGUUCAGCGCCGUGUGCCCAGACGACAGGAGGUUUUUCGGGCUGGUGACCAUGCAGGCGGCCGAUGACGGGAGCCUGGCUCAGGAGGAGGAGGGCGUUUUGCGGACGUCCUGCCACGUGUUCAUGGUGGACCCGGACCUGUUCAGUCACAAGAUCCACCAGGGCAUCGCCCGGCGCUUCGGGUUUGAGUGCACGGCCGACCCUGACACCAGCGGCUGCCUGGAGUUCCCCGCGUCCUCGCUGCCGGUGCUGCAGUUCAUUUCCGUGCUGUACCGGGACAUGGGCGAGCUGAUUGAGGGCGUGCGCGCCCGGGCCUUCGCCGACGGGGACGCAGACGCUCACCACAACGCCAGCACCAGCAGCAACAGCGACAGCGGCAUCGGGAACUUCACCCACGAGGACAGAAGCAGCCGAGUGCUCGUGGUGGACCUGGGCGCCAGCUCGAGCAGGCACGGCCCCAGCGGCAGCGCCUGGGAGGGUGUGGUCGCGAGGGGCUCCCAGCCCUGGGGCGGCCCCUGGAACGGGGCCUUCGGCCACGACCCCGAGGGGGCCCCGUUUGAGGCCGCUCCGCAGGCCGACCGGUGCCGGGACCUGGGUAAGCACCUGGGGCCCACUGCUCACGUGGAGGGCCCCCCGGCCUCCUUGCGGUGCUCGGUCCCUCCUUCCAAGAGGGGCGCUGCGGGCGCUGGUGGUGGCUUUGGCCAGCGGUGGCUCCCGGUCCACGUCCUGCAGGAGUGGCAGUGCGGGCACACCAGCGACCAGGAGUCGUACACGGACUCCACUGACGGCUGGUCCAGCGUCAACUGCGGCACGCUGCCCCCUCCCAUGAGCAAGAUUCCCGCUGACCGCUACCGGGUGGAGGGCAGCCCCGCGCAGCCCCCGCCCAGCGCCCAGAAGAGGGACUGGGCCAGGAAGGCUCUCGGGAUGCAGAACAUUUUCGGCCCCCAUCGAAAUGUUAGAAAGACUAAGGAAGACAAAAAGGGCUCAAAGUUUGGGCGGGGCAUUGGACUCCUACCACCGGCUCAGCGUACCUCUGCCCGGAGAUCUUUCGGGAGGUCCAGGAGGCUGAGCAUCACCCGCUCCCUCGAUGAUCUUGAGUCUGCAACUGUGUCUGAUGGUGAGCUGAACGGCGCCGACCUGAAGGACUGCGUGAGCAACCACAGCCUGAGCAGCAAUGCCAGCCUCCCCAGCGUGCAGAGCUGCCGGCGCCUGCGUGAGCGGAGGGUUGCCAGCUGGGCCGUGUCCUUCGAGCGGCUUCUGCAGGACCCGCUCGGAGUUCACUACUUUUCCGAUUUUCUAAGGAAGGAAUUCAGCGAAGAAAACAUUUUAUUCUGGCAGGCCUGUGAAUGUUUUAAUCGUGUUCCCGCACACGACAAAAAAGAGCUCUCCUACAGGGCCCGCGAGAUCUUCAGUAAGUUCCUGAGCAGCAAAGCCACCACGCCGGUCAACAUCGACAGCCAGGCGCAGCUGGCGGACGACAUCCUCAGCGCCCCGCACCCCGACAUGUUCAAGGAGCAGCAGCUCCAGAUCUUCAACCUGAUGAAGUUCGACAGCUACACUCGCUUUCUGAAAUCCCCACUGUACCAAGAGUGCAUCCUGGCGGAGGUGGAGGGCCGCCCGCUGCCCGACGCGCAGCAGGUCCCCAGCAGCCCCACCUCCAAGCACAGCGUCAGCUCCGACCACUCAAACGCGUCCACGCCAAAGAAGUUGAGUGGAAAAUCGAAAUCAGGACGGUCCCUGAAUGAAGAGCUGGGGGACGAGGACAGUGAGAAGAAACGAAAAGGAGCGUUUUUCUCUUGGUCAAGGACCAGGAGCACCGGGCGGUCCCAGAAGAAGAAAGACCAAGGCGACCGCCCAAACGACCCCCUGCACACCAACGGAGGCCUGGGCCGCCGGGAGUCGCAGGGCUCCAUGUCCUCGGCCGGGAGCCUGGACCUGCCAGAGGCCUGCAGGACCCUGGCGCCCGAGAAGGACAAGGCCGCCAAGCACUGCAGCAUCCAGCUCCCCGACGGGACGGCCUGCGUGGUGCUCGUCAGGCCGGGGCUCUCCAUCAAGGAGGUCCUGGCCGGGCUCUGCGAGCGGCACGGCAUCAACGGGGCCGCCGUGGACCUCUUCCUGGUGGGCGGGGACAAGCCUCUGGUGCUGCACCAGGACAGCAGCAUCUUGGAGUCUAGGGACCUGCGCCUAGAAAAACGCACUUUAUUUCGGCUGGAUCUGGUGCCGAUUAACCGGUCUGUGGGACUCAAGGCCAAGCCCAGCAAGCCGGUCACGGAGGUGCUGCGGCCCGUGGCGGCCAAGUAUGGCCUGCGCCUGAGCGAGCUGGUGGCCCGGCUGAGUGGAGAGAAGGAGCCCCUGGACCUCGGAGCCCCCAUCUCGAGUCUGGACGGACAGCGGGUCAUCUUGGAGGAGAAGGACCCCUCCCGAGGGAAAGCAUCCACAGAUAAACAGAAAAGUGCGCCCGUCAAACAGAGCGCAGCUGUAAAUGCCAGCUCCAGAAAGCACUCGGCUACGGGAGAGGAAAGAACACUAGGCAAGUCUAAUUCUAUUAAAAUUAAAGGAGAAAAUGGAAAGAAUGCUAGGGAUCCCCGGCUUUCAAAGAGAGAAGAAUCUAUUGCAAAGAUUGGGAAAAAAAAAUAUCAGAAAAUUAAUUUGGACGAAGCAGAGGAGUUUUUUGAGCUCAUUUCCAAAGCUCAGAGCAGCAGAGCAGACGACCAGCGCGGGCUGCUGAGGAAGGAGGACCUGGUGCUGCCCGAGUUCCUGCGCCUGCCGCCCAGCCCCCCGGGGCUCGCCCUCUCCCCCUCGGCCGCCCCCAGGGCCUUCUGCACGAGACCCGCGACAGGCCACGGCGAGGAGAGCGCCCCCCGGCCCCGCGGGAGCCCGGCCACCAGCCCCGGCUCGGCCGACAGCCCGCCUCUCUGCGCCCCCGGGACCCCCAGCCCCCCGGCGCAGGCGGUGGAGGCCGGGGGCGUCCAGACCGUGGAGGGCGAGCACGUGGCCGACCUGACGCUCACGGGGGAGGGGCACAUCAGCAGCCCUAACAGCACGUUCCUGCCGCCACCCCCCACCCUGCCGGGCUCGGCCGCACCUCCGAGACCAGACCUGAGCCCCGGGGGCCCUGCCGUGGAGGAGCGAGUGGCCCAGGAGGCCCUGGAAGCCCUGCAGCUGGAGAAGCGGCUCAGCCUCCUCUCCCACUCCGGCUGGCCAGGCAGCGCAGGGGACGACCGCAGCCUGUCCAGCUCGUCGUCGGAGGCCAGCCACUCGGACGUCAGCGCCGGCGGCCGGCUCGCGCCGUGGCCAGAGCCGUCCCCGUCCUCGGCGGGCGCCUCGUCGGAGGGUCUCGGGCUGGCGGCCGCCCAGGCCCCCGGGGAGGCCGCGGCGGGUGCCUCGAGGCCGCCCCCCAGGCCGCUGCGGCCACGGCAGCUGCAGGAGGUCGGCCGCCAGAGCUCCUCGGACAGCGGCAUCGCCACGGGCAGCCACUCCUCCUACUCGGGCAGCUUCUCGUCCUUCGCAGGCAGCAGCCUGGACGUGUGGCGCGGGGCCGACGAGCUGGGCUCCCUGCUCAGCCUGCCGGGCGGCGGGGUGCCCGAGCCCAGCCUGUGCGCCUGCGCCCCCGGGGCGGCCGAGUACCAGGUGCCCACCGCGCCGCGGCCCCACUACGACACGCCCCGCAGCCUGCGCCAGGCGGCCCGGGACCAGCCCCCCGCCACACAGGGCAGUGCCAGCGACGGGGCCGCCGGGGACUCGGGCGGCCGGCCGUCGGCGGGGUGUCCCUCCGGCUGGCUGGGCGAGCGACGGCGGGGCCCGGCGACAGAGGCCGCGUCGGGGCCAGGCGAGCCCUGGGAGGCGGGCGCCCCCCACGCGGGGCCCCCUCCGGCUCUCUUUUCUGCGUGUCCCGUCUGCGGAGGACUGAAGGGAGCUGCUGCCUCACCCCCUGGGCUCCCGGUGACGCACGCAGGACCCGAGAGGCCGUGCAGUGAGGCGCCCACAUAUGUGAACGUCCCCGCCAGCCCUUCCCCGCCAGGGCAGCUGCACUACCUGGGCCUGCAGCUCCAGGAGGCCGGCGCGGGCGUCCGAGGGGCCGGCGCCUCCCGCUACGCGCAGAUCGACAUCGUGGCCACGGAGGCGGCGCACAGGGCGGGCGCCCGGCACGCGCAGGCCCGGGAGGAGCGGCUGCCGGCGCUGGAGCGGAGGCGGAGGGGGACCCCGCGGUGAGGCGGCCGGACUGCGGCGCGACCCGUCGGCUCGAGGGAGCGGCCCCGCGGCACCUCUGCUGCGUCCCCGCGGUCAGGCUCCGAGCCGAGGGCCGGCGGGAGCUGCCGCCUGGACAGGUGUCGGGCGGCUCCAGGUGGACCUGAGACGGCGUCUGGCGAGCAGUCUCCGGUCCUGGGAUGCGACCUGCCCGCGCCUUCCCUGGAGGCGGCGGCCCGGUGACGACGAUGUGUCCCAGCCAAACGCAUGUCCCCAACCACGGGGGACCCGGCCAGGCCCCACCACGUGGCGCCCUCUGCAGGGCCCCCGCUGUCCCCUCUGGGUCACCGCUGCCCUGCGUCUGGAUGGCGUGGCCCUCGCGCGCUCAGCUGACUGCCCGCUUCUUGGGACCCAUUUAGUUAGUUCUGUAGAUGGUUUAAAAUCACUCGUGUUCCACUGUCGACCCGGCCAGUUAUUUCCU